UGUUUUUGCGUCGGCCAAACGAACUGCGUGCCCCGGGUGUUCCUGCCCCUUUAACGAAGCGAGGAAAGCCAGUUCUGGGCGAUUGCUGGACAUUUCACACCUUGGGGCUACACAGACAGGCAGAGAGAGAGACAUGCAGCUCCAGAAAACAGCCCCGCCGACCUGAUUGCACAGCCAAGCCCCCUUCCUCCCAGAGGUCCCUCUCACUCACUUCAAACUGCAGCUGGGAAACAGUGCGUUCGAUUCCAAGCCCCUCCGGUUUUCAGUGGGACGGGGAAAGAGGGAAGGGGGAGGCGGGGAGAGGUUAAUGCAAAAGCCCCAGACCACCAGAAACAGUCAGUUUCAGAGCGGCUCUCCGGCGCUAGGCAUGGCCAAGUGGCUGAGGGAUUAUUUGAGUUUCGGGAGCCGCCGUCUCCCUCCCCAGCCUCCCAAACCCGACUACACUGAGAGUGAGAUUCUGAAAGCCUACCGAGCCCAGAGGAACCUGGACUUCGAGGAUCCGUACGAGGAGAGUGAGAGCAGAGGCCGGGCUCCAGAGGCUGAACACUCACUGGGAGUCUCUCCCCAGCACCAGAAACCUGCUAGCCCCGAUAUCAAGUAUGUUUCCCCCAAACACCGCCUUAUUAAAGUGGACAGCACCGAGCUGGGGAACAGGGCAAAGAUAUUGAGCACAGAAGAGCCGAAGGGCAAAUCUGAGACUACUCUGGCUGAGGACGAUUAUUCCGACCCAUUUGAUAUCCGACAUGAAUCCAGAGGAGAGCUGAAUGAUAAAGAAGAAAUUGAGAACAAUGGCUACAUGGAGCCAUACGAAGCACAGAGAGUUAUAGCAGAGUUCCAGAGAAAAGGAGACAAGAAACGUGGGAAAGGUCUCCAGCUCUAUGACACUCCCUACGAGCCCCAGGAAAAUGAUGCUGAGUCAGACACGGAGAAUGCAGCCGGUCAGAAGAUUCGGGAGAGCCGGCUUCCUCAAGAUGAUGAACGACCUGCCGAUGAGUACGAUCAGCCCUGGGAGUGGAAAAAGGACCACAUCUCGAAAGCUUUUGCAGUCCAGUUUGAUAGCUGUGAUUGGGACCGCUCAUCUCCUUCUGCCAAGGACCGACUGAGACAACAGAAACAGCUCAGCCCGUUGGCCGCAGGCUCAAAAUACAGCAAGCCACAGACUCCAGAACACAGCUCAACAAUGCCUGAGAGGGUGGACCCUACCCUCCCAUUAGAGAAACAAGUGUGGUACCAUGGAGCCAUCAGCCGAGCAGAUGCUGAGAAUUUGCUCAUGUUGUGUAAGGAGUGCAGUUACCUAGUGAGGAACAGUGAGACCAGUCGGAAUGACUAUUCCCUAUCAUUAAGAAGCAGCCAAGGAUACAUGCAUAUGAAAUUCAGCAAAACAAAAGACUGCAAGUACAUUCUCGGCCAGAACAGCCCACCGUUUGACAGUAUUCCAGAGGUCAUAAACCACUACACGAGCCACAAGCUGCCAAUUAAAGGGGCUGAACAUCUCUCCUUGCAGUUUCCUGUGAUGGUACAAACACUGUGACUGGACCACAGGCAAGCUGCCUGAAGCACGGCAGUGAAAAGGAAAACAAAUCUGUGUGGAGAUAACGAAGAAGGCUAAUCUUAAUGGAAUGUCAACAAGCAUUUCUGUUAACCUGGCUUACGAUACUGAAUAGAAUACAGCGCAGAGCUCCAAGUCUGGCUGUGAUAUAAUUACAGGCCAGAGCUGUUGGCAAACUCAUUUCCUGGGACUCUAUUUCAAACAUUGUGGUGAAUUGGAUCAUGAAUGUCACUGAACUCACAUGUGUAAGGCUGUGGUCACUCAUUUAAUUUGGGGAAUAUGUGGAAUUAAUCUUAUUCUUCCUGUGGGUUUGCCACCCCUCUCCUCCUCAAUACAACAUAACAAGCCCCUGCCAUUCUCUAUACAUCACCCAAGUGGGCAUGUGUGCCAGUCUCACUGCUGUAUUUAGGCUGCUCAUUUCUUCAUGAGGACAUCAUCAGCAUGGCUUCAUCUGACAUCUUGGGUUCACACAGAAAGGGAUGAGAGUUGCUGGUUAGUGACCUGGAGAGGCAUAUCCAUGAUCGGAGCAGGCCCUGCCAUCUCCUGGCACAAGGGACAUUGAAGUCAAGUGUUAUGCCCUACCCUGACUGAGUUUGCCUUUCUUAGCACCAACCAGGGAUCGAACUUGGGAUAUUUCUGGUCUUUGUGACUCAAUACCACACUGUACAGUUUUCCAGUCAAAUGAAAUAUUGAGA